GCCGUCUCCUGCAGCCUCCUCCCGGCCCCGACAUGCGUCCCUUCCCCCGGACCUGGUGGGACUCGUCGGCCCGGCCCGGGGUCUGACCGCCGGCUCUCCUUCAGCCGGGAAACCCUGCAGCGCGGCUCCUUUUUCCAUCCACACCUAGCCGCCCUCUCCUCCUCCUCCCUCCCCUCGUUAAUUCAUUUGUUUUAUUAAUGGACCACGGAAGCUGCGCGUGAGAGUUUUUAGAGAUAUUCCCGUCGACGGAGCUGAGAUGGAGACGAUGAUGGAGAGGGAGUGCAGCGCGCUGGGGGGGCUGUUCCAGACGGUCAUCGGAGACAUGAAGGGCAGUUAUCCCGUCUGGGACGACUUCAUCAACAAGGCCAGCAAGCUGCAGUCACAGCUCAGGACGACGGUCGUCGCGGUAGCAGUCUUCCUGGACGCCUUUCAGAAGGUCGCCGACCUGGCCAACAACAGCCGAGGAGGAACCAGAGACAUCGGCUCGACCCUCACCAGGAUGUGCAUGAGGCACCGCAGCAUCGAGGCCAAGCUGCGCCAGUUCUCCAUGGUGUUCCUGGACUGUCUGAUCAACCCUCUACAGGAGCAGACGGAGGAGUGGAAGAGAGUCGCCAACACUCUGGACAAAGACCACGCCAAAGAGUACAAGAAGGCCCGUCAGGAGAUCAAGAAGAGGUCCUCAGACUCUCUGAAGCUGCAGAAGAAGGCGAAGAAAGGCCGUGGGGACCUGCAGCCCCAGCUGGACUCCGCCCUGCAGGAGGUCAGUGAUAAGUUUCUCCUGCUGGAGGAGACGGAGAAGCAGGCGGUGAGGAAGGCGCUGGUGGAGGAGAGGAGUCGCUUCUGCUGCUUCGCCUCCAUGCUGAAGCCCGUCGUGGAGGAGGAGAUGUCCAUGCUGGGGGAGAUCACUCACCUCCAGAGCCUGACCGACGACCUGAAGACCCUCACCAUGGACCCCCACAAGCUGCCGGCCUCCAGUGAGCAGGUCAUCAUGGACCUGAAGGGCUCUGAGAGCACCUGGUCCUACCAGACUCCGCCCUCGUCGCCGUGCACCACCGUAUCCAGGAAGUCCAGCAUGUGCAGCAGCCUGAACAGUGUGAACAGCAGUGACUCUCGCUCCAGCGGUUCUCACUGUCACUCCCCCACCUCCCACUUCCGGUACCGCGCCUCCUCCUCCUCGUCCUCCUCGCUGCUCCCCCAGCCGCCGCCGGCCCGCCUCUCCUCCAUCUCCUCCCACGACUCGGGCUUCACCUCCCAGGACGCCUACCCGUCCAAGUCCCCCUCCCCCAUGCCCCCCGAAGGCCCCCAGGUGAGUCUUCAUGCUUCUUCUUCUUCUUUUUCUUCUUCUUCUUCUUCUUCUUCUUCUUCUUCUUCUUCUUCUUCUUCUUCUUCUUCUUCUUCUUCGUUUGUUCUGACGUGUCUCUCUGUGCAGGACUGGGCCAAACCGGGUCCGUACGACCAGUCGAUGGUCCACACCCUGAAGAGGAGCCGGGACCGGAGAGAGACUACGGAUCCCAGCAGCCACCACGGCGCCGACGUCACCGCCACGGGGGAGGAGCCACAGGGGACGAAAGGACACAAGAAGAUUACGCAACAAACAGCUGAUGUGACCCGGCAGGAGGACCGGGAGACCCACGAGGAGCUGGUCCGGGUCCUGGCCCGGGGCCUCCGCCUGGACAUCCAGGGGUCCAGCAGGGACUCGCUGCAGGGCUCCAGUGGCUACAGCAGCCAGACACACACACCCUGCUGCUCCGAGGACACACUCCCCUCACAAGUGUCGGACUAUGACUACUACUCCGUGGGUCUGGACCAGGACCCCCACCCGGACCCCCAGCAGGACUUCGACAGGUCGUCCACGAUCCCGAGGAACAGCGACAUCACGACGUCGUACCGCCGCAUGUUCCAGGCCAAGCGGCCGGCCUCCACCGCCGGGCUGCCCUGCCCCCCCCCGGUCACCCCGGGGGUCGCCACCAUCCGCCGGAUGCCGUCCUCCAAACCCAACCUGCGGCGGUCCUCUGGCGGGGGACUCUGCUCGGGCCCCAUACCCAUCAAGACCCCCAUGAUCCCGGUCAAGACCCCCACCGUGCCGGACCACCCGGGUUUCCCCAGCGGCGGCGACGCGACCUGGAGCCCGCUGAGCCCUGGGACCGCCCCCCUGUCCCCGUGGGAGACCUCGGACCCCCCCGCCCCGCCGCAGCCGCCCAGCGGCGCCGCCCGGCCCUCGGAGCGGGAGCGCCGGCCCCUCCCGGAGCUCCUGGAGGAGUCGGAGUACGGCGAGGUGGAGGAUUUUCUGGUGGCCAUCCGGCGCGGCGUCCGGCUCAAGAGGGCGUCGACCAAUGACCGGUCGGCGCCGUGCAUCUACUGAGACCGGCGGGGGGCUCGGUCCCACUCGAGCCAUUUGGCAUCCCCAGCCAGGCUCUCGAAAGGGGAUGCAAAAUGGGUUUCAGCUAGGAAACGGACAGAGACGCUGAUCAGGGAUUCAGACGUCACCGACUUCAGGACAGAAAAUAGACAAAAUAACUUUUUCGCACUAAUACGUUUUUUUUUCUUUUGGUCCAAAGAGGAAUAGUUUAAAUGACGAAGUUUGAAAAUCUCUUUUCAGACCUGAGACUAAAACACCGAACAAACAUUUAGACUCCAGCGACUCGUUUGGGAAUCUGAAGAACUGAUUCUUUUUAAAAGAGUAAUAAAAAGGGGAACCGGGGGAAAGAGUCUCGUUGUGGACCGGGUCCAGGCUUCUGCUGGUUCUGGUUCUGGUCCCAGAUCAGUCGCCCUGAAGGACGUCGAUGGUUUAUAGAAGGUUGUCACGGCGACGUCUCAAAUGUCUCGUUUGGGGUCAAAUGUUCACGAGUUGAACAAAAAAAGAAUUGUCGAAAGAUUCAUGUGAUAUUUUACAAAAAGAUGAAAUCCUUUAUCGUACAUUUUGACGUGUUUGUACGUUUUGUUUGUCUCGCGUUUGUUUUUCUCCCAUUUCCACGAAAAAAGGUGCCAAAAGCCCCGAAAAGGCUGAAUUUAAUGAUAAUAUUCUCUAUUUAAUCCAAAUUAUUCUGGAUUUCUAAUAUUUUUUCCUGUAAAAAAAUGAAAUAAACUAAAAACAUAAAUGAGGCGUCGGACGGAGAGAAUAAAGAGUAUUUGUACAGGUUAGAAUAUUGAAGAUUAUUAACACCAUAGAUUAACCUGCAUGUGAUUUUGGGUAUAACGGAACAUUUUGGCUUUUUAAAAGUAGAUUUACAUGACAGUCGAUUGCGUAACAUCCCGGAGAUUAUAGGAUUAAAUCUGCUGUGUAAUCAAAUAAACUGUCAGGACUUAUUUACCUUUUUAUUUUUGCAACUUAAUUCCGAAACUGAAAUGAAAAUCCACUGGCCGUGUUGGUUAGCGGUCGUCUCCGCAGGCUAACGGCAGGCUAACGGGGUUACCGCGUAGCAUUAGUGAGUAAUAUGGGUCCAGUGUAUUGUCGUGACGCCGGUGGCGAGCCGGGUUUAGUCGGCCAGACGGAGACGGGUGGCGGGCGAGUCCGAGGCGUCGGCGCCGGAUUGUUCAAUUUUAACGGAUUUAAAAACCAACGUAUUUUAACCUUUUCUGGGCCCAAUAUCGUGAACAUUUAAAGUACACGCCUCUGGAGUGAAGAUUCGAGGAUGUCGGCUCACGGUUUUAAACUCCGGCGGCCUCGUCGGAGGUUGAAGCACGACUCGACUCCUUAAAAUGUGCAAUUUAAUGUUUCGUUUUUUUAAAGUUCGCCGAUUUACGAUAUCGGAAAUGCCGUAAAUGGAAGUCUCGUCGCUCGCUGCCCGAUCCCGUAGAAACCUCCGAUUUCUUUCACUGAUUACGCCACGAGUCCCGCUUGGCUAAAUAACUAAGCUAACCGCUAACGUGCGGAGGUCGUGUGGCAUUGCGAUGCGUUCAAGCUCUUCUCAGAAAAAUAGAAAAACAUUAAGCGACAUGUAGCUUCCGUAGAGAAACGUUCACGUAGACGUGCAUAUUCCAAAUUAUUGUAAUUAUUGGAGGUAUUAGAGGGAAUCACGACUUACGGCUAACGGAGACGCUCAAGCUAACGGAACCUGUAUUGGGAAGGGAAACGUGUCAUCGCAACAUCUCAAAUGUUUUGCUUCCUAAUUAUUAGCUAAAUAUCAAUUUAACCAGUAGAUUAAAUCUAUAAUUAUUUAGUUACGAGUUACUUUAAAGAUACAAAUAAUUAAUCAACUAUUAUUCAACUAACACAUGAUCAGUAAUUGUAAAAUGUCACUGGAUUAUAAAUUAAAGUAAUGCAUUAAAAAUCGUACUUAAAAGUGCACCUGUAUUAUUACACGGAGGUUUUGUCUGAUGUUUUUUUUAUUUCGUUAGCUAAACAUAAUAAUCGUAAAAUUACAUAUUUUGGCAGAAGCUAGCGCCGUCGCACGAGAACGAAUUGCUCCCAAAUCUGACCUCCGUUGACCUCCACGAUGGCGCCAAGACUUUUAGUGUGAAAGCUCCGUUAGCUUGCGGUCGAACGGACGGUCACAAGCGCUGCGCACACGUAACCCGCCGCGCACCGACAACCGCCACUGAUCCAUCAGCCGGUGUUAGCUUGUAGUCACUAAAUGUCCAACAGCCGGCGAGCUGGUGGUUUGUGGGUAAUUAGCCGAAAUAGACGAAACUUUCCCCGUUGCUUCUAAAUAAAAACCGCUAAUAAUAACAGUGGCAUCACAAGGUCUCAUUGUUUAUCCUUUUAAAAUGUUUUCAGACAUUUUAUUUGUAGCUUUACACGUUUCUAAACUCCCAAACGUCCCGUUGAGCAUAUGAAGCAUAUUAACGAAUAUAUUUAAUAUGCAUGUUGUCUUUUUGUUUCUGGCCUUCAGGUGGAACAAUCUGCUCUUUUCUUUCUUUUUCUACUGGAACUAUUUGUUUGUUCUGCUUCUUCAGGAGCAGAAUGUAUUUUUCGAUGCCGUCCAAUAAUGUUUCAUAUUGUUGUGCGACAGCAGUUUGACGCCCUGAAUGACGACUGAAGUCUUUUAUUUUGAAAUCUGUUGUUUUAAUAUUUUUUCACUUCAGGUGACCGAAUACAAUCGAGCAGCUGAUGCGACGACAAGCAUAUGAAGCUGAAUGUUGGAAGCCUGUGUGUGUGUGUGUGUGUGUGUGUGCCAUGUCAAUGUGUUGCUGCCCUUUAACAUUCAGCCUUUACUCCAAGUUGCCAAAUCUUCUCCGUUCUUUGUUCAAUGAUUUCUUUAAAUGUUUUUUUUAUUGCUGAUUCUGGGUGAAACUUUGCUUUGAUGAAACUCUCACAAAAAAAUUACAAAAAUGACACUUAGAAAUGUGUGUAAACGUUUUUAUUUAUUUUUUAUUGCCAAAAUUAAAUUAAGAUUAAAUUAAGAAAUGGACCGUUUAUGGAACAUCUGACAUUUCAGUCGCCCAGCGACGUAAGAAGGACUUAUUAUUAAAUUUGAUUUAAUAUUAAAAAUAUUAAAAAUAUUACACAGGGGAUUCUGGGUAAAACAUUUUGGAUGAAAUACAGUAAUAAUGUUUAAUUAAAUGAGUUCCCGUGAUGCUCUGAGGUUUUAAAGCGUCGCAAAAAACAAGUUGGAACAUUACAAAAUGUAAAUGUAUUAAUAAUCACAACUCGACUGCAUUAAUAAUGAUAAAUGCGUGUUGUGUAAACAAGUGUUUUUGUUGUCAUCUUGAGCUUGUAUACAAAUAAAGUUUCUAUUGUUUUGCUUCAUUUGAUCAAAACGGCACAUGAAUGUAACAUAGCGAAAUUUCCCACAAGCCUUCAACACAUCGCGGAGGUUAAAAUCUCAUUUCAACAAAAAUGUCUCUGAUCCAUCCAACAGGUUUUUACAUUUUAUUAUUUUUAAGCGUGUGGAUACUGAAAGACUUCAUUACCCAGUAUGCAUCAACACAUCACACACACAGUCCUCUUGUGGAAACGUGUUUUGUUUGUUGUAUUUCUUUAUUCCUGCAUUAUGUCAUAUUUUAUAUGUACACGGCUGUUUUUAUCUGAAUAAUAAAACCGUAGCAGACGCUCGUUUCUCUUUUCUCACGACGAGACGCUCGUUGGAUUUAAAGGUCAAAGACAUUUUAAAUUACAUUUCAAAAGUAAGAUAGAGGAAAGUAUUUGUGUUUGAUUGCGAGAUAAGGAUUAGUAAAAGAGUGUUGCAAUACAUUUGUAUUUUCUCUUAAAUAAAUACAAUGAAAAUGUG